UUUAGCGUCAGGGCAAUGGCUGUUUCAAAAAACGAGGCCCUGUUGCUUGAGCGGCCAGGCGGGGCGCUGCUGAGCAAGCAUCCAAGCCUCGUUGCAUUGCUGUUGCUGAAGCUUGUCCCGGUAGCAAGCAACAUGAGCUCCUCCGUGGCGUCGCGCUCCCUCCAGCUCCUUCUUUUCCUUACUGCUUCGGGUUUCUCGGAUGCUGGCAGUAGCAGCACUCUUGCAGCUGACACUUUGACUACAGAAACACUCAGCCAGGAGAGCACUUCCGACGAUGAAAUAUUGCACCAGAGAACUUCCACCACAGAUCCACCUCGCGCUAGCCAAGCACCCAUCUUGCCACAGAUGAAGGACAAUAUAACCAUAAGUGGAUUUCCCAAAGAUUCAUUGGUAAAAGAUACUAUAUUAGAGAGUCCAGCUGAGCUUGAACUGUUGUGUAGUUUGGCUAUCAAACCAUCCAUGGAAAUGGAAAAAAUGGAGGUUGCUUGGAGGAUGGGAAAUGAAACAAUCAAAGAGGACAUCCUCUACAGGAAUCAAACCAAGACUAGUUGGUGCACUCGAUAUGAGAUAAGAGUUGAAACAAAAGACCAGAUGGCAAGUUACACUUGUGUUUAUAAAACCGAACCAGAAAUUAAUGCUACAUUUCACUUACAAGUGCCUGAAGUACAUGGAAAAUCUAAGCAAAUAGUCAGUUACGUAGCUGAUUUUGUAGUUCUGACGUGUGUAGUUGGCAAUGAAACCUCCCGUUAUUUCUCAUCAUCUUGGGUCUGGUAUACAAAGAAUGGAAGUGAACAGGUUGCUAUUAAUGCUACUCUUAUGUCAGAGAAGUACAGCAUUGUCCAAGAAUAUUACAACACAUCACUGAAGAUCUUGGAUCUCUUGGAAGAAGAUACUAGUGUUUAUAUGUGUGAAGCCAUAUUUCCACUAGGGGAAAGCAGCGGGGAAGUGUCUCUCAAAGUCCUCACCUAUAUAACACCCCUCAAACCAUUUCUUGCAAUCGUUGCUGAAGUCAUCGUUUUUGUAGCUAUUAUUUUUAUCUAUGAAGCAUGCUCCAAAAAGAAAGAAACUCCUGACGAAGUUGAAAAAGAAUUUGAUCAAGAAGAAACACUGAGAACGGAAGACACCAAUGGAGUGGAAAAUAGUACCACCAGACACAGAAAAGUUUAAGAUCUUCGUGGAAGGGCGAUGAAGGAAAUGUAUGGCAAUCAGACACAUCAGAAAAACUUCAGAGAGAUUCAAACCAUGGAAUCAUAGCUACUUGGCUUCUGAUUAUGGCCUUUUAGAUGUGUGUAUAAAAUAAUACUGCUUUAAAAUGCCUUUUUAGUAAUGAAUGUAUUAAAAGAUUCUGUUACACAUGCCGUCGUACAAGUAUGGACUGGACCCAUGUGGAUGUAUGUUUUCUUUUGGUUAUACCAAUUUGAGCCUUUUGGCUACAGUUAGCAAUAACCUAACCUUAACUUUUAGCUGUGAGUCUUGCUUUAUUUUGGUAUAUGAAGCCCAGCACUAAUUGUAGAAUUUACUCCAGCCUCCAUCGAUUCUGUUAAGCUAGGAAAGCAGUGCAGCAUCAGACUAAUCCAUACCAGCCAUGGAGCAAAAGAUAGAACAGGUUCACCAUUCACACUGAGAAUUAUAAUAGUAUAUUAGCUCUUCAGCCCGUCUGAUAGCCAUAUUCCACUGAGAAAAGUUUGUGUGGGUCAAGUACUGCUCUUAGAAUGGCAAGAAUCCCCCCUCCCUUUUUUUAAAAAACAAACCAAAUUACUUGUUAUCAUGUUUGGAGAAAUCAUUUAUGUUAGGAUAGUAAUUGAUAGUAAUUAAAGGUCCCUGGCUUUUAGAAUUUUCAGUUGUGAUCUUUUAACCAAUUGUAAUAUGUACUUUCAAAUAUUUGCAUUGUAGUAAUUCCAGGGUCCUUGACAGGUCUGGCUGGCUAGAGAAGUAUUGUUUACUGACUGUGAACAAGGAGCUGGCCAGCCAAACAGUAAGCCCUGGUAAUUAUAGUACAUUAUUAGUUUACGACUUCAUUAAAGAGCUGAACAAGUAUCACUCUGUUUAAAAAAAGAAUAGUCAAAAUACUUCUAAUAUUUUAAACAAAAUCACCAUUCUGAUGCAUAGUUGAAGAACUCUGAACCUUGAAAUUAAUCUUUGCCUGAUUUGUUGUAAAUGCCGCCACUGAAACUGAUGCAGACAUUGUAUUUGUCACAUAUUGUCUGUCUUUUAAUGCUCACAAGGUUUUUGUAAAGCUGUUCUAUUAUUUUUAAAACCCACUUCUUUCCUAAACCUGAGCAAAUAAAAGACAGCCUCUGCCAAAUAAUGUUCAAGGUGCUCAAACUUGCACAAACACUUGACACAAUCAAGCCAUAAUUGUACAUUCUUGAGACUUUAGUCUCCUUCACUUGUGAAUCUUAUGAAAGGAAGCAUAACGGGAGUUCCAGAAGUGGAGUUGUGCAGGUGGCCCCACCCCACAGCAUUAGACAUGCUUCUGACCACUUCCGGGCUUCCACAUGUUGGCAUGGGCUAUCAGUAUUGAGAGAGCCUAUGCACAAAGAGCAGCUGCUUAUGCAUACGCUUUUCUCAAUGUAUAGAAUCUUUGCAAAUGAUGCGACAUCUACAGGUGGAGGCAGUAACUGUGCCAUCUUUGAACAUUCAAGUUAUCCAAAACCUUCCAUUCUAACAUGUUGCCCAGUGUUAUGCAAUUGUUCUAGACUUCGUAGAAGCCUGGGUAUAUAUGGAUGCUUCUGGGAAGGGAAACCAACAGAUGUGAGGGGCUCCUUGUCUAUACCUGUACAAUUGCAAUAUAUAUCGAGCUUCAGGUCUUCCAGAUCCUGCAGAGAUCAAGUUGGAGGACAAUAUUUUCUCAUUCUAAAUAUUGCUAAAGAUGUAUCAAUGUCUUAAAAUCUACUUGUAUUAUGAAAUGCAAAGGAUGUCAUCUUGUUUUCAUGAGCUUUAAGGAACAAAUGGGAAGUAAGCUCUGUAGAAUUCAAGAUAUUUAUUGAUGCCUUAAAACACAUAUGUGAUACAAAGAUUAUUAAACAUCUUUGCAAUUUC